CAAAUCUUCACCUUGUACAAAAGCUGUGAGGUCAGUGGUCCCCAGGUAGCGCUUGCUCCGCCGUAAAGAACAGCAACCAACUUUUACCACACUCUGCAAAUUUCUGGACGAAAAAGUGUGCCUGCGCUCAAAUGACUGUUUCUCUUUCCGCACAGCACCGCCGGAGGAUCCUCCGUGUGCUCUGUAUGUCUUUGCUCCUGGACUUGGUUUGUCACCUGUCACAGAAUAAGGACGAGGUGUGAUUUAUGCGAAGCAGGUCUCGUUCACGUUCAUCCUCCCUCUUUUUCCUUCGCUACUGGAGUUCUACCAGGGGUCGACGGCACCGCCAUCGGCCGGUCUUAGCCACAUCCUGUCUUACCUCAACCAGUACAAGAAGUCCUUCGCCGCGCCCAUCAGUGAGAAGUACGACAUAAUUCUCCUCGGAGGAAUGCUGGGGUCGCUCUUCUCGUUCCUUCAAGCAAUUGCAAGCCCUAUUAUCGGUCGCGCGUCGGACAUGUUCGGUAGGAGGCGGGUUCUGCUCUGGUGUAUGUGCGGCAACGUUGUGAGCGUCACCCUAUGGUGCUUUGCUGUCGAGUUCCGGAUAUUUUUGCUUAGCCGAAUCGUGGGUGGAUUGAGUGAGGGCAACGUCCAACUGGCCACGGCUAUUGCCACUGAUAUCAGCACACAUGAGGAACGAGCGUCCACCAUGGCUCUUGUGGGAGUCUGUUUCAGUGUGGCCUUCAUCCUAGGACCAGCCCUAGGGGCCACGCUGGCGAGCGUGAGCACAUUCAGUGCCAAUCCAUUUGCGACGGCGGCGGGAGGCUCGCUGGCCCUGAUUGUGGCAGAAACACUGUAUCUCUACCUCUGUCUCCCAGAGACAGCACCCAUUAAAUCCUCCGUCUUAGACCGUCAGGCCGACGAGGUCCAGGUCCACUUGAUGCAAGGCUCCAAGAAAAACCAUACAAAUCCCCCGUAUGUCUUGAACCUAAUCCAUCUUGUCUUCCUUCUCGCAUUUUCGGGUAUGGAGUUCUCUCUCCCGUUCUUGAUCACAUCAAUUCUGUACCCAACACACCCAGCACCAGCCAAGAUUAACGGACGCCUCCUCGGUUUUAUCGGUCUGAUCGCCGCGGUUCUCCAAGGCUCGGUCGUGCGGCGCCUGACGCCGCUCGUGGUUGUCCGGUCUGGCGUCGUGUCUGCCACUCUGGCUUUUGUUUUACUAGCCCAGGUCCAAAGCACCGUCGGAUUGUAUUGUGCCGCUGCACUACUCGCCAUCACCUCUUCUACCGUGGUGACCGGUCUUAACAGUCUUGCAAGCUUUGAAUCUGGAAAGGACAACCGAGGGGAGAUCCUAGGAGCUUUGAGAAGCUGGGGCCAAUUGGGCAGAGCACUAGGGCCCCUACUCUUCUGCACGCUAUUUUGGGGGGCCGGCCGCGAGAGUGCCUACGUCACCGGGUCGGCCGUCAUGCUUGGGGUGGCACUGAUCGUGUUCGUUGUCCUGAAGCCCCCAAAACGGGCCUCCGCCUCGACAUGAAGCCUGGGAAGUACAUGAAGAACGGAGGUUCAAGCCAUCCGGCGAUCAUGAAUGACAUUCGUAGUUGACCUGCUUUUCUUUGUACUCAAACUGAACUCCUACGUCUCAAAGAGUAGUUGUUAAUGUAUAUUGCUGAUCAGGAGCAUCGUAUGUUGAACACCCUAUCGCUGAGCCAGAGUUCUGUCAACCAAACUCAUACAACAUGACCCUUGUUCUGUUUGAUGCCCUUCACAUCCAUGUCUUUCCACACGAGAAUCGCCACCAACCCCAGCACCCAGGUUGAGACACCAGCGAUUAAGAAGUAUCGCCAUGUGUCUCCGUAGGAUCUCUGGACUUCCAAACGGGUAGGUGAGCCCCACUCAUAAGAUAGCUGUUGUGUAAUAUCGCUGUAUAUCAUGGUAAGAUUUCCUUAGCUCUCAGAAGGGAGAUCCAGCGCGAGUUUCUCGGGCAUUGUGCCUUGCCAGAUGGCAGAAGAGAUCUUAUAACCAACGGAAGUGCCAAUGUCACAACACAAAUUCAGCAAAGCAAUACGAAUGGCAAAGUAUUGUUGUACAGAGGCAGCAGCCAGAAUGCCAAUCUCGACCGUGAGCUUCAAGAUGCCGAAUCCAAAAUUGACAAAAUGACCUGUACCAAGGACAAUCAAAGGGAAACCGAAAUUCAUGACAAUUUGUGCUACAAUGCCUCCUUGGACAAGGUAACUUGCUUGGGUUAUGUAGUGCCCAUGAAUAGCGCAAAUCCAGUGAUACAAGGACCGAGGACUGUUCGAUCUCGAAGUAUUGCCCACGGAAUAAGGCGGACGCAGGCAAACAAUCUCUCCCAUAUUACGAAAGCCGCAAUCAAUAUGAUUCCGAUGACGAGAAAGCAGAUGAUGAGAGCAGAUCCCCAACCUUUGGCUUGCUAAGUGUAAAGAUUGAAUGGGAGAAGGAAGAAAGCAAAACCAGCGGAUAUACACGACAGACCGAGGACAUCAAACUCGUGGAUGUAAUAAACUGCAGAUCGCCAUAGUGUAGGUCCACUCUGAUUCUGGCUUGGGAUGAUGCCUCGCUUCUUAGCUUUCAUGCAAUGCACAUGAAGAGCAUAAACAAAGGAAGAGUAACUCCUAGAAGGAGAAUAACCUUGAAAGUUGGUG